CACUUAGUCUAUCAAUCAAUACAAAAUGGGUGGAUUACCAGAACCUAGAACUUAUUUGGGAUGGUGGGGUCAUUUAGGAUCCCCAAAGCAAAAGUAUAUUACCCAAUAUACUAUUUCUCCUUAUGCUGCUAAGCCAUUCAAGGGUGCUGCUUACAAUGCUGUUUUCAACACUUUUAGAAGAACCAAGAACCAAUUCCUUUAUGUCGCCAUUCCUGCUGUCAUUGUUUGGAACAUCUGGACCAAUGCCAGAGAUUAUAAUGAAUAUUUAUAUACUAAAGCUGGUAGAGAAGAGUUGGAGAGAGUUAAUGUUUAGAAUGAGACGAAAUUUCUCAAAUAUCAUAAAGCAUCAACAAAGUAGAGAUAUUAAGGCUAUCUUUAUUAUACAUAGUUAAUACGAUUUCAAAUAUAUUAUUAUUAGUUUGUUCAAAUUUUAUUUUGCAUUAUGUGUACUAAGACUGAAUAAUUUAGCUAUGGAAGAGGUAUAUUUACUUGG